AUGUUUAAUACUAACACAAUUUGUUAAAAUGAUAUUGUAUGCGUGAUCUUUAUUUUUUUCCAGUUGCUCCAAAGGAAAAAAAAAAAAAUAGUUUAACUAGUGUUGAGAGGUGGAUACACCAUAUAGAGCAAAUAAUCCAAUAUCUAUUGAAAAUAAGUCCAAAGUACACCCACAAAGUCUUUAAAUUUCAUUUGUCGAUUACUUCCUUGUUUCUGCUUAUAAGAUAACUAGUUCUCAUUUAUAGAGAAAGAGUACUGUCCCCAUGUCUACAAGAAUGUCAGUAAGAACAUUAGUUCUUGUAAUUACUUUUUUCAUUGUCUUGCCUCAAGGAGCAGUGUGUGCAGAAAGAAAGAAAUGUGGAGAACUAGAACUUUACCCCUUUCUUGAAGACAGGAUUUCUAUUUCUGAAAAUGACUUUGUCAAUAUUAGCUUCUGGGUAAGCACUUUAUCAUGCCACCAACCUAAUGAUCAUUAUUAUGUUGUCGAGUUGCAAACAAGAAGGAGCGAUGGUAAGCUCGAGUAUGAUGGGAGGAUUGUUCAAUUGAACAGCAAUUGUUCAGUGACAAGACAGAAAUCAGUUCACUGUACCACUGAAGGCGGGCCUGUACAGCUGUACCGAAAAGUGAAUCGUACACACACCCAGAUUGAGUGGUCCUGGACAGGGAAAGACUCCCAGUCUCAAAGACUUAGGUCUGCCAGAAAGGAACUGAAACUUAACGUGUCGUACCAAGCACAAGUCACAAACCUAACUGUGGAUGGACAUGAAAUUAGUGCUAAUAUCCCCAUUGACGGAGGUCAGAAGGUGAACAUAACAUGUUCAUUUGACAAAGGAAGUCCUCCUGUUUCUUUUCGUCUAUUAGACGAAAGUGGAAAGGAACUGAAACCUAUAAGACAGGAAGGACAUCUUCAUUAUCAGCUUGUAGCUCAUGGCUGUGAAGAAUACUGGAAGAGAACUCAGUCACUCCACUGUGAAGGAAGGGAAUCUAAACAAAACAGAUCUGUUUUGUUUCUUGUAAGAUGCCCUCCCAGGUUUGUAGAGAGACCUACAGUAAUAAUUCGGUCUAAAAAACGACGAAUAUAACACUUGCCAUUACAAGCUAUACACCAGCUUUCGAAGGAUGCAUGCUGACUCCACUAUCAUUACAAGAAAAUUCAAGCAAAGAAGUAAACUGCACUCUAGCAGGGAAUCCCCCACACUUGGAGCUGAUUCUUUACAUUGACAAAGAAGACAAGACCAUCCUAGGACAAUGGGCAUUAACUGUGCGAAAUGACAAAGGAAUUGCAAAUGCAACGUUAAUUUUCAAUGAUGCAGGUGGGUUUGCUUAACUUUCUUGUUUUUGGUCUUGAAAAUAUAUAAGAAUUGUGAGCAUCCUUCGCGAACGUGUGUGUGCAAGUGUGAGCACAGAACAUAGUAAUGACCACCUGACUGUAAAGACAGAGACAGGGAGAAAGAUAUCGAAUCAGAGCUGUCAUUAUUUUAUACAGUACGAUCUAUGUUGUCAUACGUUUCGAAAGAUAGUUAUUCACUUUGUACAUUAGGCGACGGUUCAUAAAUGUACACCUGAUAGUAAGGGAGGUCUGCUAAACGAUUAAAGGCUUUUGAUUUGUAUUAUUUUAAACAUAAUGUGCAUUUAUUUUUAAAAUAUCUUUUAAAAUUAAAAUGUACUAAUUGAGGGAGGUAAGUAUAAUUAUUCGGACGCGGAAUUUUUCCACCCUACAAUGAAUCGGGGCUGCGAAAUUUCAGUCAUAGUGCACGAAAAAUAUUCCCUAAAAGGUCGGUACAGCUUACUGACUCUGCUCUGAAAACUGUCAGAUGAUUAAAAUCGGAUAAAAACUGCGCCAUGAAGUAUGUCAAGUUAAAAGGCUGGGCUGCACUGACUUUUUAGAACAUAGUUUUGUGCAUUCAGUGUGGCAAAAAAAUUCUACCCCCUAGAAGAUCGACCUUUCGGCCAGUCUGUCUGCGGAACGGAAGAUUUUACUAAAUUGUCGUUCAAGAUUACGCAGAUAAACGCUCGUGACAAUUAUGAGUUACAAUAUUCAGUUAAAAGGGAUUUCCGUCCGAUCACAGCCGAGUGAAACCCGGUGUAGAUGAAUUUUUUUUCAUAUAGCGUGCAAGUCAACGUCUAAAUUUUGAAAAUGUCUCAAUAUCUAUCUCAACAAAGACGCUUUCGGAGGUAAGUAUAUAACUGGCACUCACUAGUGUCAAUAUAUUUUAGGUGCAAUCUAAUAAAAAAAAAAUGACGAAUAAAAAACAUAGUUUAGUUUAGAAAUAGUUUAAGAAACAUAAAUCUGGAUCACAAGAAGGUAUAAUGUCUAAUGUACAAAAAGGCCUGCACCAAUUAGGCCCUCUUCUAUAUUAAAAUACUUUUCACACUUCAACAUGCUGGAGUACACCGGUAUCAAUGAAGGAUUACAAGCAGGAGAAAUUACAAAAUGGAAAGACAGUGAUACGUGUACAUUCUUUGGUAAUUCGUGUAUUGCUUUAUUCGAGGCUUUAACAUAUAAAACAGUUAUCUUUAUUUACAUUCUAUAAAUUAUUAACGUGUUUGUCUUCAGGUAAAACGGCGACAGAUAGCGGAUUACUAGCCAACCUUUGUAAAUAGGCAUUUUUAUCUCUAAAACAGUUUUACAUUUUUUUCAUGUGGUGAUAUACGUAUUAUUUAUUAAGCUGUGUCCAGUCAGUAGUACUGAUAAAUAAAUAAACUCGAUUGCUACAUUACAGCUGGUUUGAUACCGUGUUCAUUGUUUCUGUUUUUAUAUCUCUCUAUAACUGUGUGCAUUUAAAGCGAUUGUGUGGUAUGCCCUUGAUAGAUUGUGUCAGUGUGUCCUGUUUGUGUAAACCUAAACAACAUACACUCCUAGAUUACCUUCUAUCAAGGCGUCAGCGAGUAGACGUCUACAUGUCGAAUCAUGAUUUGUAUUUUGACCUCUUUCCACUUUCUAUCUUAUAUACCGUGUUUCUUGAAGGAUACACCCAAAAAGUCAAAAUCUCCAAACAUAUAAAAGUUUGCUCAUGGAAAUUUGCAGUAGACAUUUUAACGUCAAUAUUAUACGGUUAAUAAUUGCAUUCUAAUGUUUGCCUUCAUGCACAAUGAUACUGCACCAAGAAUAAUUAUCAACGAAUAAUUCUCAUAAUAAAAUAUAAAAACUUAU